AUGGGAGAUAGACGCAUUGUCACACAUAAGCUAAACACAGGCAGCUGCACACCAUCAUCAAUAGCUUCCGCACAAUUGCACCAGCAACAUCAUCAAUCAGUUGCACCAGCAACACCAUCAUUCAGCUGCCCCAGCAGCAUCAUUAUUCAGCCUCAAGAUAAGGCAUCAUCAACAACAUUUGUUGCACAUUAG